UGACUUACAUGCAAUCAACAAGUAGGUCGCGAUCUUGCACGUUGCGGUCAAGAUUGUCAAGAUUUAAUGACACUGUCAGUUUGGAAGGACGCUACUGCUAUCUCUUCUAAAGCAGCAGGACGAACCCACACUUAUUCCUUUUUAGCGUUUCCGUGAUUGACAGCUGAUUGUGAAGGUAGCGUGUUAAUCUGAAUAAAGACAUCUGGCUUGGUGGGUUACCGGUUACCGUGACGAUGCCACCAGGAGCUGUACCAUUCCCGUUUGGAGACUGUCGCAUCUGUAAUGACAGAGCCACUGGAGUACAUUAUGGUCUUGCCACUUGUGAAGGUUGUAAGGGCUUCUUCAAGAGGAGCAUCCCCAAGGGAGAUAAGUACAAGUGUUUCUUCGGGGGUCAGUGUGUAAUCACUCCACAGAACAGGAACCGUUGUAAGUCAUGUCGCUACAGGAAGUGUCUGGAGCUCGGCAUGUCAUUCGAAGCUGUGAAGAUGGGUCGAAUUCCGAAGAUGGAGAAACAGAGAGCUCUAGACGCUGCCAGGAACCCUGGUAACUGUACGGAGUCCCCGGACAGUGGGAUAGACGAUGAGGUGUUCAACCCUGUCACAGGUCAUGUGACCAAUCAGUUGACCAGUCAGUUAAAUAAUCAGUUGACCAAUCAGUUGACUAAUCAAGUCACCAGCCAAAUGUCCAAACUCCUCAGCAGUGAUGUGGCUCCUCAUCAACAUCCUGCCUAUGGAAACAGCCCUCGUGAAGUGAGCCAGCUUCCGCCCACUUACCAACACAUGCCCUCCCACAUGUUCAAUGAAGCGUUUCCUCCUGUACCGUGGGAUGAUCAUAUUGGUAGUUAUUCCGAGCGAAAAGAUCAAUCCAAAGACAGUCAUCAUGUGGAUGACCUGGACGGAUCAGGCACGUCUAAUAUGAACUUACUGGCGGAAACUGCCUUGUUGCCAAAGAUGUCCAAAAGCAGUGUUCCAGAAGACGGUGAUGACAGCAACGCAUCCAGCAGUAGCUGUUCCAUGUACAGCCCGAACGUCAUCAAGGUCUUGUUCAAUCAGGUUGUGGAGAUGACGGGCGGCACCAAGGUGCCUGAGAUGGUCAUUGAGAAACUAGCCAAGAAGUGCCCAAACAAUAGCAGCAUGCGUCUGCUGAAACGUCUCUCCAGUGAAACUUACAUCAAUACUUCUACGCAAGGAGAAGACAUGAGUUCUGUUCACGAUGGAAUGAGCGAGUCAGGACAGGAGUGGUCUCCCUUGGCUGGUCAGUUGUUUACAUCAAGCGGAUGUCCGUCGUCGAAUUGGACCAAAACUGGUUUAAAGCAGAACAGCUUCAGUCCAAGUGAGCAGCAGCCGAGAUAUUUUGACAGUUCUGUCUUCCCUCAUAGUGAUAAUCCUGCAGAUAGGAUUGACACGAAACAGGGACAUCAUAUCGAUGCUCAAUACGUUGCUAGCAGUGACACCGACUACUACACCAGAGAACAGACAGACCAACAAGUGCAUUCUUUUCAUCAAGACACAUUCAUGCAUAACCCAUCUUAUCCGGUUCAAGGUCACAAUGAAGGUCAAGAUCAUGAAUGGCCAAUGGAUUGUUCUGCUACAGUUUCAGCGCAAUAUAGCAGUCACACUGAACCCUCUUGGUCACAUGGUCAGGAUCAACCAAUCACUUCAACUGAUACAGAAAUGAUACAGGGCAGUGACACCAAUGACAGAUCUGAUGAUAUUGAAACAGAAAAUGGUGAAAGUUCGGCAGAAGACAUUUUCAGUAGAGGUGGUGAAGAGGCAUUUGAUUCAUUAGUUAGAGGCCUGGAGAAGGCGCUGGAGGUCGGCAGUGGACCAUUCCAAGAGGCACGACACCAUGCCCGCGCCUUUAUCAGCCAGAAGCUUCCAAUGCCGAGGGAAGAAAUAACAGAAGAAACUGUGAAGGACACGUGGAACCAGCUGUUCCGCGGAAUUCACACCACUAAUGAGAGAAUCAUAGGUUUCUGCAAUGCUGUUCCUGGCUUCUCUAAGCUCAACGUGGAUGACCAGAAGAUGCUGUUGAAGCGAGCCUACUACGAUAUCUGGAUGCUAACAUGCAGUGAGUUCUUCGUUGAUGGAGAGUCGUAUCUGCGCUUCCCCAAUGGGAGGUACUACAACCGCUUCUGGAUGGAGUUCGUCAUCAAGGUGGACAACGUCCGACUGCUGUUCUCCUUUGCGGAGAUUUUCAACAAACUCCAACUGUCAGAUUUAGAGAUUGCCAUCAUCGCAGCUAUACAGCUGACAUCUCCCAGACCUGACAACCUUGAGUUGAAGGAUUCCGUUGCAAUUCAGAAGCUCAACUCUGUCUACCUUGACCUCCUUGUCCACAUCAUCACCAAGCGCAACCCUGACAACAGCAGCCGCAUUCUUGUCGACAUCUUCCGACUCCUGCCACAGCUAGCAGAGGUGAACAAGAUGCAGCAAAACCUUAUUGCAAACUUCACACACGACUCUCCACCGAGUUAGCUAGAGGCCACACAAGACUGUCCACCGCGUUAGCUGAAGACCAUCCAGUUAGCUACAGGUCACACAAGAUGCCUCGUCCAGUUAGCUACAGGUCACACAAUAUGCCUCAUCCAGUUGGCUACAGGUCACACAAUAUGCUUCAUCCAGUUGGCUACAGAUCACACAAGAUACUUCGUCCAGUUGGCUACAGGUCACACAAUAUGCCCUGUCCAGUUGGCUACAGGUCACACAAUAUGCCCUGUCCAGUUGGCUACAGGUCACACAAUAUGCCUCAUCCAGUUGGCUACAGGUCACACAAUAUGCCCUGUCCAGUUGCCUACAGGUCACACAAGAUGCCUCGUCCAGUUAGCUACAGGUCACACAAUAUGCCUCAUCCAGUUGGCUACAGGUCACACAAUAUGCCUCGUCCAGUUAGCUAAAGGUCACACAAUAUGCCUUGUCCAGUUGGCUACAGGUCACACAAUAUGCCUCGUCCAGUUAGCUACAGGUCACACAAUAUGCCUCGUCCAGUUAGCUACAGGUCACACAAUAUGCCUCAUCCAGUUGGCUACAGAUCACACAAUAUGCCUCAUCCAGUUGGCUACAGGUCACACAAGAUACUUCGUCCAGUUAGCUACAGGUCACACAAUAUGCCCUGUCCAGUUGCCUACAGAUCACACAAGAUGCCUCAUCCAGUUGGCUACAGGUCACACAAGAUACUUCGUCCAGUUAGCUACAGGUCACACAAGAUACUUCGUCAUGCUAGCUACAGGUCACACAAUAUGCCCUGUCCAGUUGCCUACAGAUCACACUAUGCCUCAUCCAGUUGACUACAGGUCACACAAGAUACUUCGUCCAGUUAGCUACAGGUCACACAAGAUACUUCGUCCAGCUAGCUACAGGUCACACAAUAUGCCCUGUCCAGUUGCCUACAGGUCACACAAUUUGCCCUGUCCAGUUGGCUACAGGUCACACAAUAUGCCUGUUCCAGUUAGCUACAGGUCACACAAUAUGCACUGUCCAGUUGGCUACAGGUCACACAAUUUGCCCUGUCCAGUUGGCUACAGGUCACACAAUAUGCCUCGUCCAGUUGGCUACAGGUCACACAAGAUGCCUGUUCCAGUUAGCUACAGGUCACACAAUAUGCACUGUCCAGUUGGCUACAGGUCACACAAUAUGCCCUGUCCAGUUGGCUACAGGUCACACAAUAUGCCUUGUCCAGUUGGCUACAGGUCACACAAUUUGCCCUGUCCAGUUGGCAACAGGUCACACAAUAUGACCUGUCCAGUUGGCUACAGGUCACACAAUAUGCCUUGUCCAGUUGGCUACAGGUCACACAAUAUGCCUCGUCCAGUUAGCUACAGGUCACACAAUAUGCCCUGUCCAGUUGGCUACAGGUCACAUAAUAUGCCUCGUCCAGUUGGCUACAGGUCACACAAUAUGCCCUGUCCAGUUGGCUACAGGUCACACAAUAUGCCUCAUCCAGUUAGCUACAGGUCACACAAUAUGCCCUGUCCAGUUGGCUACAGGUCACACAAUAUGCCUCGUCCAGUUGGCUACAGGUCACACAAUAUGCCUCGUCCAGUUAGCUACAGGUCACACAAUAUGCCCUGUCCAGUUAGCUACAGGUCACACAAUAUGCCCUGUCCAGUUAGCUACAGGUCACACAAUAUGCCCUGUCCAGUUGGCUACAGGUCACACAAUAUGCCUUGUCCAGUUGGCUACAGAUCACACAAUAUGCCCUGUCCAGUUAGAUACAGGUCACACAAGAUGCUUCGUCCAGUUGGCUACAGGUCACACAAUAUGCUUGUGUGCAUGCAAGGUGUUCACAGACUCUGCAUGCUUUGCUUGUGUAUUGUUAUAUCAGCAGUCCAUGUGUAAUGUGAUGAAUACAUGCAUAAUAGAUUAUUAUAUUAGAUUAUAUAUUUGUUAUAAUUAUAUGAGACAAUGUUAUGAUUAUAUAAGAAUUAUCAUAUUUUAUAUAUUAUACACAAUCAUGUUUGUCAAUGUUUUCACAUAUUAUAUAACAUCACUUGUGUAACAUCACUUUUAUGACAUCACUUGUGGACCAUCACUUGUGGACCAUCACUUGUGGAACAACACUUUUAUGAUAUCACUUGUGGACCAUCACUUGUGGACCAUCACUUGUGGAACAACACUUUUAUGACAUCACUUGUGGACCAUCACUUGUGGACCAUCACUUGUGGAGCAACACUUUUAUGACAUCACUUGUGGACCAUCACUUGUGGACCAUCACUUGUGGAACAACACUUUUAUGACAUCACUUGUGGAACAUCACUUCUGUAACAUCACUUGUGGACCAUCACUUGUUCUGUGUGUUGUUACUGACCGUGCCUUUUCAAGACAUUUUUAAAUCCUUUGUAAAACCAGUGAGAUGAAUUGUUAUCAGAUAUGAUACUAUCAUAAUGUUGUUAUUUUCUUAUUAAUUGUUUUGUUGUUCUCAUGAUAUUCUGAUAUUGUUGUAAUGUUCUCGUGUUUUAAAUAUUGAGAUUAGUUUCCAUGUCCUUGAUGGAAACAUGUUUGUAUUUCCGUAUCAACAUGUAGAUAUAUAGAUAUAUCAUUGUCCUGACAGUGGUACAUGUAGAUAUAUCAUUGUCCUGACAGUGGUACAUGUAGAUAUUUAGAUAUAUCAUUGUCCUGACAGUGGUACAUGUAGAUAUAUCAUUGUCCUGACAGUGGUACAUGUAGAUAUAUAGAUAUAUCAUUGUCCUGACAGUGGUAUAUUUAGAUAUAUCAUUGUCCUGACAUUGGUACAUUAGAUAUAUAGAUAUAUCAUUGUCCUGACAGUGGUACAUGUAGAUAUAUAGAUAAAUCAUGGUCCUGACAGUGGUACAUUAGAUAUACAGAUAUAUCAUUGUACUGACAGUGGUACAUGUAGAUAUAUAGAUAUAUCAUUGUCCUGACAGUGCCUCAUGUGGAUAUAUCAUUGUCCUGACAGUGGUACAUGUAGAUGUAUAGAUAUAUUAUUGUCCUGACAGUGGUACAUGUAGAUAUAUAGGUACAUGUAUAUCAUUGUCCUGACAGUGGUACAUGUGGAUAUAUAGAUAUAUCAUUGUCCUGACAGUGGUACAUGUAGAUAUAUCAUUGUCCUGACAGUGGUACAUGUAGAUAUAUAGAUAUAUCAUUGUCCUGACAGUGGUACAUGUAGAUAUUUAGAUAUAUCAUUGUCCUGACAGUGGUACAUGUAGAUAUAUCAUUGUCCCGACACUGGUACAAGUAGAUAUUUAGAUAUAUCAUUGUCCUGACAGUGGUACAUGUAGAUAUAUCAUUGUCCUGACAGUGGUACAUGUAGAUAUAUAGAUAUAUCAUUGUCCUGACAGUGGUAUAUUUAGAUAUAUCAUUGUCCUGACAUUGGUACAUUAGAUAUAUAGAUACAUCAUUGUCCUGACAGUGGUACAAGUAGAUAUAUAGAUAAAUCAUGGUCCUGACAGUGGUACAUUAGAUAUACAGAUAUAUCAUUGUACUGACAGUGGUACAUGUAGAUAUAUAGAUAUAUCAUUGUCCUGACAGUGCCUCAUGUGGAUAUAUCAUUGUCCUGACAGUGGUACAUGUAGAUGUAUAGAUAUAUUAUUGUCCUGACAGUGGUACAUGUAGAUAUAUAGGUACAUGUAUAUCAUUGUCCUGACAGUGGUACAUGUGGAUAUAUAGAUAUAUCAUUGUCCUGACAGUGGUACAUAUGGAUAUAUAGAUAUAUCAUUGUCCUGACAGUGGUACAUUAGAUAUAUAGAUAUAUCAUUGUCCUGGCAGUGGUACAUGUAGAUAUAUAGAUAUAUCAUUGUCCUGACAGUGAUACAUGUGGAUAUAUAGAUAUAUCAUUGUCCUGACAGUUGUACAUGUAGAUAUAUAGAUAUAUCACUGUCCUGACAGUGGUACAUGUAGAUAUAUAGAUAUAUCAUU